AUGCUGUCCCGCGCCGUCAGACCUUCUCCCUCGUCAUCAAGUGAAAAUGGUGCGAGGCGAGAGGAGCCGCUGUGGCCCAGAACCUCCGCUCCCUUGUGCCGCUGCGCCACCCGCCUGACCUUGGGCUCCUCCGGGAUCAUUGCCAUGUGUCCCUUCAGCUGUGGAGAAUUAAAUCACAUCCAGCCAAUAGCAAAGCAGAGAGCGAUGACUGGCCGCUUCAGAGGGACUGCCCCAUGUUACGAGCUGAGGUGA